AUGAACUGGCCACACCUGCUAACAUUCACUCGACAGCAGAUGCCACUUGAUUCUUUCUUUCUUUCUUUCUUUCUUUCUUUCUUUCUUUCUUUCUUUCUUUCUUUCUUUUACACUUUCUUUCUCUCUUUUUCUCUCUCUUUCUUUCUUUCUUUCUUUUUCUUACAUUUUCUUUUUCUUUCUUUUUCGUUUUUCUUUCUUUUACUCUUUCUUUCUCUCUCGAUUUCUUUCUUUCUUGCUUUCUUUUACUCUUUUCUCUCUCUCUCUCGCUUUCUUUCUGUCUUUCUCUCUCUCGCUUUCUUUCUUUCUUUCUUUCUUUCUUUUUCUUACAUUUUCUUUUUCUUUCUUUUUUCGUUUUUCUUUCUUUUACUCUUUCUUUCUCCCUCGAUUUCUUUCUUUCUUGCUUUCUUUUACUCUUUUUUCUCUCUCUCGCUUUCUUUCUGUCUUUCUCUCUCUCGCUUUCUUUGUUUCUUUGUUUGUUUCUUUCUUUCUCUUGGUUCCGGCGAAGUUCAGUCAAAUUAUAUCGCUUGCUUCAAAUCUCGCCACAAAUCUCGUUCUCAUCUCGCUUCUUCUCUCCCAUCUCCAUGUUUAUUCCUGGCCCGCUCACUGCAAUCACCGAGCCGAACUGACACUUCCAUAAGUCGGAGUAAAUCCGGUCGGCAGCUUAUUCGAUCCAACUCUCUUCUCAUUUGCCGCCCUUACACUAUUCCCCUGGACGUGGACAGCUCAUCUCUUGCUAAAUCUCUCAUCGAAUCGUAUUUAAUCUACGCUGCUUUUACGGUGGAUGACAGGGCGGAUUCUAAAGUUAUUUCACUGUUUUCAAGAAACACCCACGAUGGAUACACAGCAAUCUAUCUAUCUAUCUAUCUAUCUAUCUAUCUAUCUAUCUAUCUAUGUACGAAGAUGUAUCAAUAA